CUGCGAUCGGUCAGUACAAAUCUUGCCAGCCAACGGUCAACACGCGCGUUCUUCCGGAGAGCUACAUUUUAGGUUUCAAAGCCAAAAUUAACGAUAUUUUCAGACAGUGUUUAAGUGAUUCGAGAGCAUUUCAGAUUCAAUUCGUUUUUUUUUAGUAAAAUUGAACAAAAAUGUGACUUAAUAGUGACGCAAAGUUUGAACAACAUCCUCCAACAAAAGGGCAAGAAGCCAUUCGGUGUGAACAAAAAGUUAAAGUUUGGGAACGGAUAUCCUAUAUGCGUGUCAAUGAACACGGGCGCAACAUCAGUGUUUCGAAGGAAAUCUUAACAAAUGCCUAAAACGCAUCGACAAAAGUGAUCGAAUGCAGGCGCAGUCAGGCGCAGGGAUUAAACGGUUGCGUGAUUUUGAUGUGAAACCUUCGGAAGAACCCGUAUAAUUUGCUUUGAUCUGCCAGUGCUUUCGUUGCAGACCGGGGCCAAAGACCCUGGUUCGAAGUUUUCUUGUUUAUUUUGCGUGUUCGAUCAACAGAACCGGGAAUAAUAGCCGGAAUUGGCCGUCGUCAUCGUCGGUAGUGAUUAAUUACAGGGAUCAAUUUCCUGGCGGUUAAAUCGGCUAGUGACAAGUUGAUAGAAAGAAAUAACAAAAAGAGUUCAGCAUUCGUGAUAUGAUAAAAUUAAGCUGGAGGAAAACAUUUGAAAACAUUUGGAGAUUACUACAAGCAACAGUUGAAUAAAGGUCUGAGAGCGAUCACUCCAGCACCAGUCCAGAGUUUAAAACAAUAAUGGAAGCUCAUCCCAUCGAGAGAAAGAUGUGCAAAAGUGCGAUGUUCAACAGCUGCCUGGUUAUAAUUCCGAUUGCAGCCCUACAGCUUUGCUCGACAGUCUUAGGGCAACAAUUUCGCAGUGUCCCCACCACGGUCAAAACCUACGAGAACGAAACCGUGCUGCUGCCCUGCUAUCACAACUCCCCCUACAGGUACGUCCGGUGGUCCCGGGACGAUUUACUGCUGACCGAUUCGAGGUAUCCGGAUCUGACUCCACCACCGAGGGUGCAGCUGUGGAAAAAUGGCAGCCUUGAAGUUAGUCAGGUGCAAACGGAAGACACUGGGGACUAUACCUGUGAAAUUAUCACCGAAGGAGGGCGGGCGCUGCAACAUCAUGCCAUCGAGGUUCAAUUUCCUCCAAUUCUGUCCAUGUACCCAACAGGGGAUAUCGAGGUACGAGUCGGACAAAUUUUAGAAGUCAUAUGCGACGCCACUGGCGUACCUACACCAUUCAUUACAUGGGAUUUUAAGGACGCAAAUGUUACCUACGAAAACAAACGGCACCUUACCAUUCUGGUGGAAGAUAAGGACUUUGCCGGGCCGGUUGAAUGUGCGGCCACAAAUGGCGUAGGCGAAGAGGCACGAGCAGCUCUCAACGUCAUUGUUCAUUAUGAACCAGAGGUCAGCGCCAAAACAUCCAUAGUACACACCAAAAAUGGCCAAUUGGCCCAACUGGAGUGCACUGUCAAUUCUGUUCCUCCAGCAACCAUGCACUGGUUCCACAAUAAUCUCCCACUAUCCACGGAUAGACGAUACAGCAAACAAGACAAUCCAGUUAGUGAAAACAUUCACCGGCACAUUCUUUCGAUACGCAACGUCAAAGACGGUGAUCUUGGCCAGUACGAAUGCAAGGCAGAGAACAAGGUCGGAAUUCGGGGUGCUCACAUCGAACUGACAGGACGACCGAUGACGGUUUCCUUCAAACCUUCUACCGAACUGACUUCGCCGAACAAACACAAUCUAAUCUGGCAGGUCGAAAGCUUUUCGCCGGUUAUAGAGUACAAAUUGAAGUUCCGGAAGAUUCCUUCCGGAGAUAUAACGCCGAACAAGCGGUAUCCGAAUGUGGCCUGGAGUGAGUUGAUAAUUCCGUCCGAUGGUUCUGCUGGGCAGUUGCAUAGUACCGGCUAUACUUUGCAAGGUUUACAGUCAGCUAGCGUUUACGAAGUGGUCGUUCUGGCUCGUAAUCGAUAUGGAUGGAGCGAAUCUAGCAAUAUCCUUCGGUUUGCAACCGGUGGAGAAAUCCAACUGGAUAACAAUGGCUUUCAGACAACGGAAAUUGUGGACUACACAGAGGAAAACGAGGAUCCAUACAUCACAGAUAAUGUGAUAACGAAAGAUUUUUACGACUACAGUGAAUUCCAAAUAGCUUCAUCUGAUAGCAAUAAACAAAGCUGUAAGAAAGUGUUAGCUGUUAUUUGUACUAUAUUAUAUUUUACACACAUAAGAUAACAAUUUUAAUAAAAA